AUGGCACCUCCGGACUUUAAUCAAGAGAGUAGACGUGCAAACCCACCUGUCUACACUUUGCAGGAGGGUGCGCCUGUCUCCGACCCUUCGGCCUCCCUGCAGGUCCGCACGACAUAUGGAGGCGGUGGUCUCGGUAUCCUUGCCGACACUCAACUCAUCGAAACCCUCGCCCACUUCCCUCGCGAACGCAUUCCCGAACGCGUGGUCCACGCAAAAGCAGCCGGCGCAUGGGGAGACUUUGAAGUCACAGAGGACCUCUCCGACAUCACCGACGCCAAAUUUCUGAGCGGCAAGGGAAAGAAGACGCCCCUUCUCGCUCGUAUCUCGACUACUGCUGGUGAGAGGNGUGCUGCCGACACCGUCCGUGAUAUUCGUGGCUGGUCCAUGAAGCUGUUUACCGAGGAGGGCAACCAGGACUUUGUGUUCAACAGUCUGCCUGUUUUCUUCAUCAGAGAUCCUAUCAAGUUUCCUAGUGUCAACCGCAGUCACAAGAGACAUCCUGUGACCAACAUUCCUGACCCAGACAUGUUCUGGGACUACCACAUCAAUAACCAGGAGGGUAUCCAUGCAUUGAUGCAUCUAUUUGGUCUCCGUGGUAUUCCUGCUUCGGUGAGUUGUCAUCUCGAUGAACAUCUCUAUACGGUGCUAACAGUUGGUUAUAGCNUCCGUAACAUUAACGCUUUCGGUGUCCACACAUACAAGCUCGGCAAGCAGGACGGCACAUUCGUCUACGUCAAGUGGCACAUUAAGCCUGAGGCUGGUAUCAAGAACCUUCACGCUGAUGAGGCACUCCGUCUUGCUGGUGAAGCUCCCGACUACCACAUCAAGGACAUGUACGACUCAAUCGAGCGUGGAGACUACCCGACAUACACCGUGAACCUUCAAAUCAUGAAUCCCAAGGAAGCAGAAGCGUCCGGGAUCAAUAUCUUCGAUAACACCUUUACUUGGCCUCACGAGAAAUACNCCCUCCGCCCUGUCGGCAAGAUUACUUUCAACAAGAAUCCCACCAACUACUUCCAAGAUAUCGAGCAAGCCGCCUUCUCCCCCUCAACAAUGGUUCCCGGUGUAGGCCCUUCCGCAGAUCUCAUGCUCCAAGCCCGCAUGUUCAGCUACCCAGACGCCGCACGCUACCGCCUCGGACCCAACUACCAACAGCUCCCCUGCAACAGACCCAUCAGUCAAGUCUACUCACCCUACCAACGCGACGGCCCCGGCCGCAUGGACGGCAACUACGGCGCCGAUCCCGACUACGUGCGCAGCAGUUAUACCAAGCUCGCCCACGGCAGCCACGAACUAGCCACUCACGAGCAAUGGGUGGGCAAAGUUACGUCCGCAUCCACUGAUGUCACAGACAAGGACUUUGAGCAGCCCAGACAAUUGUGGCAGGCUAUGCUAAAGGAAGACGGUGGACGUGAAAACUUCUUGAAGAACUUGUGUCCUCAUCUUGGUGGUGCUUCGGAUAAGGUUAUUGAAGAAGCUGUCAAGAUGUUUGCGAGAGUUGACGAGGGGCUUGGCAAGGAUAUCUCGAAGGGUAUCAAGAACCAUAAGGAGGGUAAGGCAGUUGUUUAA